UACCGCUUCUCAAAAGCACAGCUUUCUGCAUAUCGUGAACUAAAGCUUUAAAGUUUUAGACAGACUACUAUGAUUGCAAAAUGGUAUUUCCUUUCCAUGCAAUAAAAGGGAACUUGAGUGUGCUGUGAUGUUGAAACAUAGCAGUUUGUUCUUAUCUUAGUAUCAAAUACAUGGUGACUAUGAUUUUUUGGAGCACUUUGUCUCGAGGAAAGAAAAUGAAUGUAUUGUUUCUUGUUGUGACAGCAAUGCUUCCCAUCAUCUGCAAAGGCAGAAGUAAAGCUCAUGAUACUGUCAUUGAAAAGAAAGGGAAUUCUGCUGUGCUGCCAUCUAAUUUUACAUAUGAGCCAUUGGCAAAAGGUGAAAAGAUAAAUAUUAUAUGGCUGAAAAAUCACCAUAAUUUAAAGAGGGCAGAAAUCGUGUUAAACUGUUCAGCAAACAGAAGAACGUGCAACAAAAACAAGGACAACCGAUUUCAGUUAAUAGGAAACGUCUUUGACCAAAAUGGCUCAGUGCUGCUAAAAGAUCUGCAGUUAUCAGACACAGGGUCAUAUUACUACCGCCUGGAGUUUCCUGACAGCACAUUAACAUCCUGGACAUUCAUAGAACCAACCAACCUCACAGUUCAAGGAUCUCCUGAAAUUUUGUUGGAUGUUAUUUAUUGGUUUUUCAAACCUACAAAAGAUGUUGAUUCUUCUCCCAUUCCCCUUUAUUUUUUAUAUUCUAGGAUCUGCUGA